AUGGAUGUACCUGCAAAGUCUGGCGGUGAUGAACCUGGAGUUCUGAAAGAGGUUGACUGCUAUAUUUCCCCAGCUUUGGAGAAACAAAUCCUAUUGCUUUUGUAUAAAAAUCGAGAGAAUUAUCACACACUAGAUAACGAGUCAAUUAAAGAAGCUCGUAUUAAGCCGAAUCUUGAUUUGCUUGAAUUUCUUGUUAGGGAUGGGCGGAGUUCUUUUGUUGAAUCUGUCGGUGAGCAGAUAGACACAUAUUUACUUCGGUCAAACACCGUCACAUUUCCGAGGACGUUACUUGGGUACUUUGUCAAUGAUGAAUGCCACUUCAUACCGCUUAAACGAGACGCUUUGGUUUUGGAUACGUGUAAAGAAGCAGUUAAAGUUGAUAAGACAAACCAGAAUUCUGAUUCAUCAACUUCAACUCCUGUGGCUCCCGCAGCGUUCGUUUCUGCCCGUCUUAGGACUGCCGAUGCAAUUGCACUACGAGGUCCUAUGGCGAGUCGUCGUAAGCCUGCAGAUAGUGAUCCUGAUGUUAUAUUUCUGAAACAACAGGUCCAAGCACCAUGGUGUCCAGUACAAUAUAAACGAUUUAUUCCGAGUGAAGCUUUUGAAAGGCGUAUCCCUUUAUUGUAUUCAAAUGACGAUAUGCCAGAAUUGACUAGAAAUCGCGUAACAGGCCCAAGUCAAGAAGAAUAUGUGAACAGUUUGCUAGCUUCAGUAACACCACAUGUCGUUGAUCGUAGCCGCACGGAGUCUGUUAAACUUCCUACUUUGGGAGAACUCAUUCAAACAAUAAUGAUAAAAGCACAACUUAUUCGAUUCGACAAAUUAGUUAUUUGUUUACGUGAACGCUUCAAAGAUCCACAUUCAGUCACUAAUACUAGUGUUUUGCAAUACUUACCGACAUUCGCUGUUCUACUCCGUGGAUGGUGGGUCGCUAAAAGUGAAAUAAUUUAUCCUCCAAAUUCAUUUAGUGAACAUAGUGGUACACCAAGUGCACUAUUGAUUCGGGCACGUGAUUAUAUUAUGGCUGUAUUUCAUCGAGGUGAACAUUUAACUCGUAAAACUAUUUCAUGCAUGACUAAGGUGCCUACUGUUGAAGCUACUGAAAUACUGAAAUCUUUAGCUUGUAAAAUGUCAACUACUCAAAAAGGUUGUGCAAAUCAUUGGAAAUUUUAUCCGACCGAUUAUGAUUUUAUCAAAAAAUAUCCUGAUAUCGUACAGCAACAACAAGUUGCUUGGGAAAUUCGCAUUCGUCAAUUGUGCACACAGUUAAAACUAGAACAUCUCGUAUCGGAUGGAGUCCGACGUAAACGUAAUCCUGGACAACACUCCGGUGAAAGUGGUUCAGACUCUGACACUGGCUUCAAAUCACUUGUUUCAGGUGUACAUAUUUCAACUCCAAGUAAAAACACAAAUCGUAAACGUUUACGUCAAUCAAGUGUAUGUCAUACAACAGAUACUGAGAAAGAUGCCACUAAUUCAUUAAAAUCACCUGAUCGGAAACGUGUACGAACUCAAAGUCUUUCAUCGAGUUAUUCCUCUGGUUUGUCAUCUCCUCAUUCUACUACUACUACUACUACAAAAUUAUCUUAUCUUCAAACAGAUGUUGUAUCAUCAAAGUUUUGUACACCUAUUAGUCCACCACCUGUUAAAAUAAAUUCUCCGAAACUAAAAGUAAAUAGUACACCUAUUUCUUCAGAGCCUCCUGAUAAUUCAUCAACUUCAUUAGUAUCAAAUUCAGUUAGUAAUCAGACAGUUGCUUGCAAACUGGAACCUGAUGCUCCGGAGGAUCCUAAUCCUGGUAUCUCUGCUGCUGCUGCAGCUCGUGUUUCUGAUUCAGAAAUGGAUGAAAUCAAGCCCAAACUUUCACCACCAUCUCAUGAUUUAUCUCAGUCAGCUAUCAUAGAUAACUGUCACAAUGAUAUCAAUGGUAAUACUGAAUUAUCUAGUCAAACAGACCUUGUUGGUAAUCGUAUUGAUUCACCGUGUACACCUUCACAAUAUAUUAAUAAUACUAUUAUGGACAAUAACAACAAUGAUUUAAAUUUUGAUAAUAACAAUGAAAUGCCAGAAUUAUUAAUGAAUAAUUCAAUUAAUUUUGUAAAAAAUGUUUUAAAUACUCAACCAAUUGUAGCAUUGUCAGCAUUAACAAAAAUCUAUCAGCAACAGUUAGGUAAUUUUGAUGCAAAUUUCUAUUCUACACUUUGGAAGAAUAGUCCACCACCUCCUCCAGGCUCUGAAAGUGAACGUGAAUUGUUGAAAACGUAUCUUUUGAAAGUUUUACAUACAAUUGAUGCACGUCAAUUAACAGUUUGUUGGCCAACUGUACCAACAGCACUUGAAGAAGAACCAUUAUUUGUAAUAAAAGUAGCUGGUCCAGAAUGUGGAGCUGUCAGUGAAUCAAUAGCACAAUUUCGUGAUAUAAUCUUAGCACUUUAUGAAUCUUUGCCAAGUUUCAAAAUGAAAGAUUUACAAGAAAAAUGUCCGGUCUUUCCUCCAAAAGGCAUGUCUGAUAAAGCUAUGCGAACAUUCAUUAAACAAUACUGCAUAUUCAGACAUGGGAGAUACUUUCUACGUUGUACUGUUUCUGACGAUUAA